GCACACAAAACCCACACAAAAACACACAUUAUUCAUAUGAAAUUAUUCAUAAUCGAUGAAUGUGGCUACUAAUUUAGGUUUUUGUUUGUGCAGUUAGUGUGAAAUCAUUCUAGGGUUUUUCUUUUUUGGGAGAUUUUGCAGUUUUUCUUGACUUGAAGUCUAGAGGGAAGAGGAGUUAAUCAAGGCGAAGAACAAGAAUAUUCAUUGAAUUUGGUCGUCGGAGGUCAAAGUCAAACUCCGGUUACCGGGAAAAAGGAAGUCAAGAAUGAGCGCAUCUCGGUUUAUCAAGUGUGUGACGGUCGGCGAUGGUGCUGUUGGGAAGACGUGUAUGCUUAUUUCUUACACCAGCAACACUUUCCCCACUGAUUACGUGCCAACGGUUUUCGACAAUUUUAGCGCAAAUGUGGUGGUAGAUGGGAGUACUGUUAAUCUUGGCUUGUGGGAUACUGCAGGCCAAGAAGACUACAAUAGAUUGAGACCUUUGAGCUAUCGUGGUGCUGAUGUCUUCAUACUUGCAUUUUCUCUCAUUAGCAAGGCUAGCUAUGAGAACGUCUCCAAAAAGUGGAUUCCUGAAUUGAGGCACUAUGCACCCGGCGUUCCAAUUAUCCUUGUUGGAACAAAGCUCGAUCUUCGGGAUGAUAAACAAUUCUUGAACGACCAUCCUGGUGCAGUUCCAAUUACAACGGCUCAGGGAGAGGAGCUGAAGAAGCUAAUUGGUGCCCCGGCUUACAUAGAGUGUAGUUCAAAAACACAGCAGAAUGUGAAGGCCGUUUUUGAUGCAGCCAUUAAAGUGGUUCUGCAGCCACCGAAGCAAAAGAAGAAAAAGAAGCGAAAGGGUCAAAGGGCGUGCUCGAUACUGUGAGUUUUGGACAUGAUUCUAGUCGGAAAAUGGGAUGAAAGUUGACUUUUCAUUGAUGAAUGGUGAAGUGCUGAUUACCCUUUAUAUAGUUUUUGAUGAACUGCUCACCUUUUUUUUUGUGUCUUGAAAACAGGAUAUGUUGUGUAAGUUGAUAUAUGUAAUUCUUUAACACCAAAUAGUUGAGACUUUGGGACUAUUUGGGUAAUAUGUAAUAUGGUUUUUAUGUAGAUUGUGGCAACAUGUUGAUUUUAUGAGGGCUGGAAAUGAAAUUUUACAUCUGAA